AUGGAAUUUGCACGCAUUCUUCUCGUUUUGACGGCAUUGGCCGUCAUUGGUAAUGAAGCAACACCAUUUAGGUUCCCAUUAAGAAUUCCAACUUCCUUUAGUUCAUGGUUACCGUUUACCUUCAACAUCACUAAGGAUAACACAGAUUUGGGUUCGGUUACCUUAAACAUCAAACCAAGAUUGGGAGGAGAAAUUCAGACAACCAAAGUAAAACGAGAAGUCCCAGCUGGAGUAACGAGAUUGGAUGAAAAGAUCGGCCGUCUUAACAGCAAAGAAAAUCGUUUGUUUGCCCCGCUUACAGAAAGGUGGGAAUUGGGAAUACCUUCCGGAGCUAGCCUUUCAGCUGGAGCUAUUGCAUCUUUGGCCGGGAUUAUAUGGACUGUUAUUGCAAAAAAUAUAGAGUAUAAGAAGGAACACGGAGAACUUAACGGCAAAGAUCCAAAAGACGGAGGAAAAACGAAGGAAACAGUACAUAUCGCCCCGCCCGCUUCUUCUUAUGGAUCAUACAAUGUUCCAUCGUACGGUUCUGACUACAGUCUUCCACCUCAUAAGAAACCGGAAAAAGGAUUCGAUGCCUUUUUCAAAGGAUCUAAAGGCAUCAAAGAAAUGCAAGCACAAGCCAUAAAAGGGCUUUCUAGGCUUGUAGGUCUGAAGGACUUGAAUAAGUUACUACACCCAGAUCAGAAACCCAAAAAAUUUAAAAUGAAGAAAAGACCUAUGGAACAGCAAUACUACGAACAACCUGUAUACCACCAACCUUCCUACACCCCACAAGAAUAUUUGCCACAGCCGCAAUACGAACCUUACCCAGCAUACGCCCCUCCUCCAGAAGCUCCGGCUUAUGCUCCCCCCUCAGAAUAUGUACCAGCUCCUGUUUACAAUCCAGCACCUGAACCAGCUCCUAUGUACGCACCUGAACCAGCCCCAGUCUACGCCCCUGCACCUGAACCAGCGCAUGCUUAUGCACGUGAGCAAGCUCCCGCACCUGAACCAGUACCGGUGUACGCUCCUCCUCCAGCUGAGGCCACUGCUGAAAUCAACGCCCUAGUUUCUCCACCGCACGAACCGCCUGCACAAUAUUCUCCCACAAAUAAUUUCCCCAAUACAUUUCCUAUGAUCGCACCUUCUUCGCGAGAAAUCUCUUCACAAAGUAACGCUCAAACAUGGAACGAAACUCCCGAUCCAGCUCACCAACCCGAUGUAUCUUCCCUUGAACAGAAGCAACCCGCAUCUGAUCCUGCCUCAGUUCCAGUUGCACUAUUUCAUAUGAUCCCUACGCAAACCGCGCCAACAUUCAUUUCGAUUCAAACUAGCGGUUUCUUGCCAAUAUACCCUUCUCCUGUUGAUCCCUUACCUUUUAUGCCAUCAGCUAAUCACGAAGAAACGGCACAAUGGCCAGCAACAGCCGGUGACGUACCUUCAUUUGGUGUUCCUCCUUCAUUAACACCUUUGUCUCCUCAUCCUCCCAGAAGCGCACGAAUUGAAGAUUCCGAACCCGUAGAUCCAACUCUAUCCGUGACCGAAGUUAGUAACUUGGAGGUUAGCGAGCCAUCUGACGAUACCGAGGUUGAUGAGUUGAUGCAAUCCGAAGCGGAAGAUAGUCUUGAGCCAGCUGAGCCCUGGACAACUCCUGCAUCCAUUGUUAGCAACAGCUCAAGCUCUUCUAUGUAACUUAACGUAAAUCUUAUUAGAUCCAUGACUCUGAAAACUGCAAAAAAUAAGUAAUUAUUAAGUUAUUUAUUCUAUUUGCAAUUAAGAGUUAGAGCACCUUACAAUCUUAGCAGUUUCAUGUGUUUGGCUGGGCUUCCAAUACAUCUAAUAUGCAAAGAAAA